AUGUUGACAGUCUAUAUUUUUCAACUACAGGGUUUAACACUGCUAAACUUGCCAGUACGAAAUAAAUUUGACUAUUACAUAUGUACACAAGUGAUGGAUGAAGAACAAUUUCUUACCGAAUGGCUUGAUUAUAAUAUGAAUCUUUUAGGCUUUAAAAACAUUUGUAUCGUUAAUGUUGGUAAACCCAUUUCAGUCAAUAUCACGUUAAAAUAUGAUUUAGCGUAUAAAAAUCAUCUUAACCAUGAUAAUAGUACAAAACAAAAUUUUAAUUUAUGUAAGAAGUGUUUUACGAGUAUUCAGAGUCAAGAUUUGUUAUUAGUUCAAGACAUAGAUCAAUUUUUAAAUAUUCGAAAUUCGAAGUAUCUCGAGGAGAAUUAUGAUCGAUAUGAUAGUUUCUAUUUCGCUGAUGUAAGAUUUGGUUAUGUUAAAGAUAAGACAAAUGAAAUAUUUAACAAAGAGUCAAAAGAGAGAUUUCCUAUGUUGGCCACAAACACUUAUCGAGGUCUAACUAAAAACUUAGAUAAUUAUAACAGUGAUGAAUUACGUCAGUUGUUUAAUUGUUCACCACGAGGGGGCUGGAAUCCAUGUGAUACUGGUAACGGAAAAACAAUGAUUAAAUAUGGACUUAUUUCUCGUUUAGAACCUCAUUUUCAUGAGACAACGAAAAAGAAUAGUAAAAUAUUAGAUGUUGAUAUGCAACAAAUGAGACUGAAUCACUACUACGUGAGAUCAAGAGAAGAUGGAAUAUUUAAAGGAAAGAAGUGGGAAAAACUUGAGUCAAUGUUGGGUAUAAUAGAAAAUAACGACUUUUUCAAAAUGGUCUAUGAUGAUUCGAUACGCACAUCGAAACAGUUAAGAUGA